GGGAAAGUUUCAAACGGGAAAGAAGCGCUGCUGCCCCAAACACAAAGAAAUCAUGGACAAACCGGGCAAAGGGAGGACUCCUCGAAGACCUGGUGCAAAGAAAGCAGCCAACAUAGAGAAAGAUCCUGUUGGAGUGUACUGUCGUAUACGUCCACUUGGGACAGAAGAUGGAGAAUGCUGCAUUGAGAUGAUCAGCAACACAACCAUUCAGCUUCACGCUCCUGAUGGCCUGAAAGCCAACCGUAAUGGGGAAUACAAAGAGACACAGUACUGUUUCAAGAAGGUUUUUGGCGUUAAUACCGGUCAGCUGGAGCUGUUUGAAGACGUUGCCAAGCCACUGGUUCAGGAUCUCCUUCACUGUAAGAACGGUUUGUUGUUCACUUACGGUGUCACUGGAAGUGGGAAAACGUACACCAUGACCGGCUCCACUGGAGAAGGUGGGCUCCUUCCUCGCUCCCUUGACUUACUCUUCAGCAGCAUAGGCCCCUUUCAGGCCAAGAGAUUUGUGAUCAAACCAGAUGAUAAAAAUGGUAUGGAGAUCCAGAGUCAAAUUGAUGCUCUCCUGGAGAGACAAAAGUAUGAAAAUCAGCAGACUGCGCCCAAAACGCCGUUGGCCAGGCACAAGGCCGAUCCAGUGUUUGCAGACAUGAUUAGUGCAGAGGAGGUGUGUCAAGCAGAGACUGUGGAUGAGGACUGCUGUUACAGUGUUUUUGUGUCCUACAUUGAGAUCUACAAUAACUACAUCUAUGACCUCCUUGAAGAUGCACCUUUUGACUCCACCAGACCAAAACUACCUCAGUCCAAGAUCUUGCGUGAGGAUCAGAGUCACACCAUGUAUGUGUCCGGGUGCACAGAAGUUGAAGUGAAAUCUACUGAAGAAGCCUUUGAAGUCUUCUGGAAGGGACAGAAGAAAAGACGCAUAGCCAACACUCACCUCAACCGUGAGUCCAGUCGUUCCCACAGCGUGUUCACUGUGAAAGUGGCCCAGGCUCCACUGGACGCUGAUGGCGAUUACAUUCUGCAGGAUAAAAACCAGGUGACAGUCAGCCAGCUGUGCCUGGUGGACCUAGCAGGGAGUGAGCGCACCACCAGAACCAGAGCCGAGGGCGCCCGUCUCCGGGAAGCUGGAAACAUUAACCAGUCUUUGAUGACACUGCGAACAUGUAUGGAAGUCCUACGUGAGAACCAGAUGUGUGGAACAAAUAAGAUGGUACCAUAUCGGGACUCAAAAAUAACGCAUCUGUUUAAAAACUACUUCGAUGGGGAGGGAAGAGUCAGGAUGGUUGUGUGCGUCAAUCCAAAGGCUGAUGAUUACGAAGAAACAGUGCUGGUGAUGCGUUUUGCUGAGAUGACGCAGGAGGUGGAGGUAGUGCGACCUGUUGACCUGCCAAUCUGUGUGCUUCCACCAGGACGCAGACAAAAAUAUCAGGCCGUCAGAGAUGAGCUGGUGCGUCGCCUGGAGGAGCGUGGCGGCCCCAUUAAUGAUGGUCCUCAAAGUCCACUGACUGAAAGCCUUCCAGCCCUGUACGCCUCAGAACUGUUGGACCCCUCAGAUGAACAGACUCUGCCUCGUCUGCUUGAUGCUCUGGAAAAGAGGCGUCUCAUCCGCCAGAUGCAGCUUGAACAGUUCAACCAAACUGCCGGUUUGGUGAAAUCGCAGCUGAAGCAACUCGAAAGCCAGAACAGUUCUAAGGAAACCUUUUCAAAUGAUCUGCAAAGUCAGCUGAACGAAAAGGAGAAAUUCAUUAUCAGCCAGAGGACGGAGAUCGAACGAUUAGAGAAAAAAUCCCAAACUCUGGAGUAUAAGAUUGACAUCUUACAGAAGACAACAGACAUGUACGAGCAGAACAAACGCUCGAUGCAGCAGGAACUAGACACGCGGGAAGAACGGCUGCAGAAGGAGCUGUCUGAGAGGAGGCGUGUGGAGCAGCACAUGCAGGGCCUGGUCACUGACACCAGGCUCAAGUGGGAGAAGGAGUGUGAGAGACGUGUGAACGCCAAACAGCUGGAGCUGCAGAACAGGUUGUGGGUGAAGGACGAGAAGUUGAAUCAGCUCAAAGCCAUCGUGGCAGAAAGCGGCAGCGGCUGCUCUGCCGAGCGCACAGAGAAGCCCGAGAGACCGGCAAGGGCAAGGGAGCGCAACGUCCCCCAGAAGAGGUCCGCCUCGCCCUCGCCACUUCCUGACUCCUCCCACCACCUUCCAGCACGAAUUAGGGCACUUCAGGACCCCGCCUUUUCCUCCUCCCCUUCACCUUAUCCCUCAGUCGCUUCCUGCAUCUCUAAAUGGGAGCAGAGGCGCCCCGUAGGCUCGAGCAGUCAGGUUUCAACCCCUCGGUUCACGAGCCGGACUCCCAUUCCGUGCCACAGGAGAGCCCAGCGCUGGGCCCCGGACCCUGAAGCCCCGCCUACAGCUCUAGCCUACGGCCUAGAUCUAGAGUCGGGCACACGGACAGCUCCACCCCUUCAUCCACCUCACAGGCGCUCACAUUCUGCAGGUGGGGAGAAAUGGGUAGACCACAAACCUCCUUCUAAUUUGGACCUAGACACUGUCAUGCAGCCAAUCAUACCCAAUGCAGUCAAGGUGUCCACCCCCAGCGAGAAAGCUUUGUCUAAAUGCAGCAAGUAUGUGCUUAGGCACCAAGAGCUCGCAUCUGAUGGGGAGAUUGAGACCAAACUGAUCAAGGGAAACGUUUUCAGAACCAGAGGAGGUGGUCAAGCCGUGCAGUUUACAGACAUUGAGACUCUCAAACAGGAGUGUCCAAAUGCACCAAGUCGCAAGAGGCGAUCUGGGUCUGGAGAAAAUCCGGCUCAGGUGGAUGAUGCAGAAAAUACAGAUCCAUUGACGAACCGUUUAGCCAACAGGUAUCAAAAACGCAGGAAGCCGUAACCUGCAGACGAGUUCUUUGCAGCAGUCACAAGUUGCCAAGAAAACCUAUGCAUUUAUUUUCCUGAGCAUCAGACUUUUUAUAUACUGUAUGCAUUCUAUUGAAAUUUAGAAGAGCAUUUAUCAUGUCAAAUUUAUAUCAAUCGAUCCUUCUAACAUUGUAAUUAGUUUCCUAAAUUGGUUACUUUCCCACAGAUGUAUUACUUCUGAAAGCAUUCAAUGAACACAUGAGAGAAAUCCAAGAACAUUAGCAGUUUAUACAUUUGCUUUUUUUUUUUUU